CAGCAGACGAUCGCGCGACCCGAAGGCAGCAGCUCCGGAAUCGCAAUAGAAGACGAAUUCGGAACUUUCAUCAUGCCUGACAUUCUGGAAAACCCGGAUGAGAGCACGGAACUGGUAGGGGCCACAGCUGAAGACGACCGCCAAGCGGAACUCCUGCUAGCCGGAUUCCGCGCCUGCGCGAGGGAAGCUAUCCGGUUCCUCCUGGAGGAGGAGGGCCUCUCCCCGGACCACCCCUUGCCGUCGGGACUGCAGCAGCACCUGGCGAAGCGUCAAUGUCACCUGGCGGAUGUUCUGCACAAUGACUCGGGGGUUGAGGUUUUCGAAGAUAGCUGGGCAUUUUCGACAACGGCAGAGAUUGACACACAUUCGGAGGACUCUGGUGAUGUGCAUCAUUCUGAUGAACUAAAUGAUACGACGACGAGCUCAGAAUCGACGCCUUGAUACGAUCAUCCCACCUCCAUUUAUAAAAUAUGAAUCUCCAGACAGAUAAAUUCAGACCCGUCAUUUCG